GCCGGCGCCGGCGCCCGGGCCGGAGCCCGCCGACGCCGUCGACGCCGACGCAAUCGGUUCCAGUGGGUGGUGACCGGCUUCUCGGCCUGCAGCAGGUCGUGCGGCGGAGGAACGCAAAUCGCCGAGGUGGUGUGCAUGAGAAGGAAACGGAAGCAGCUGGCUCGCAACAGGAAGUGUGACCCCCGCCGGCGACCGAAGCCAAAGGCGACGCCGUGCAACACCUUCCCGUGUCCAGUCAGCAGCUGGGAGCCGAACCCCUGGUCAGCAUGCAGCAGCACGUGCGGCACCGGCCACCAGACGCGCACGUUCCUCUGCGUGCGCGCCGGCCAGCCGGUGGAGGUGACGGAGUGUGAGGGACGCCCAACGGAGCCAGAGGUGCAGGAGUGCGACGCCGGGCCCUGCCCGGCCAACGCCCGCUGGCAGAUCGGACAGUGGAGUCCGUGCUCGGUCAGCUGCGACUGGGGCAGCCGGACCCGUCGCGUGAGCUGCGCCGAACCGGGCCGCUGUCCGGCGACGGAGCGGCCGCGCGACACGGCACCGUGCCGCCUCCAGCCCUGCCCGCAGCAGGUCCACAGCGACCACCGACCGGCCGGCUGGAUGACCACCGACUGGACCGACCAGUGUUCGGUGGAGUGCGGCCAGGGCGUGCAGUGGCGCGGAGUCACGUGCGGCGGCGACGUCGGCCGAUGCCAGCCGGGCUCCCGGCCCCAGCAGACACGGCCCUGCAAGACGGACCGCGGCUGCGGCGGUAUCUGGUUCACUGGACCCUGGAGCCAGUGCUCCCACGAGUGCGGCGACGGCGGCCAGGCCACACGCACCGUGCUCUGCAUUCGGCGCACGGACGCCGAGUUCGCCGUGGCGGCGGAGCGGGCGUGCGCCGCCACGGCGCGGCCGCCGGACCGGCAGCCGUGCGGCGGCGGCGCCGGCUGUCCGCCCCGCUGGUUCGUCACCGAGUGGGCCGCCUGCUCGGCCACCUGCGGCAUCGGUCGGCAGCGGCGCACCGUCGCCUGUCCUGCCAGCUGGCCGACUGCCCCGAGAUGGGUGGUAAUUUUCACAUGCGGGUGGAAUGGCUCCAGUCUGCAGAGCCUGAGCUACGCCGCAACGACCGGGCAGCCAGUGACGGAGGGCAGCCUGCCCACCGGGCAGACUGAAGCAGCAGGUAGCGCGCCGACCGCCGACGCCGCGUCACCGGACGGGACCCCGCCGCCAACGGUCGUGGACGAGUCGGUGGAGCAGCGGCCGUCCAUCCUGACGCUGGACGAGUCCACUUUGGGCGGAUGGCGGGGAACCACAAACGCGAACAAGUCGGUGGAACAGCGGCCGUCCGUCCUGACGCUGGACGAGGCCACUGUGGGCGGAUGGCGGGGAAGCACGAACACGUGGAUCACGGUGGAUGCCCCGACGCCGACGGAAGCUGGGCCGGUGGGCUCGACAGAGCCCACCGGUGUUGGAGCCACUGAGCUCGGCUCAAGCUCCGAGCCAACAGCGGCCGCCGUGAGCCGUGAGCUGGAGCUCGGGUCAGGCGGCCUCGAUCCCAUAAAUACGGCCACAUCGGCGGCGGCGACAGAGGCGCUGGCGGGUGGGGCUGAACCAACCCGCCUACCGAGUGAGACGCUGCCAGCAGGAGAGCUGGAGAGGGAGACUCCGGCGACCAACCAGCCGGAGGAGCAGCUACCCACGAAUGAGCUGGAGAGCGAGCUUCUGGAGACAAAUGAGCUGGAUGGGGAGCCCCGCUUCACAUUCGAGCUGGACGAGAAGCCUCCCUCCGCAAAUGGCCUCCGGGGAGCACCGUUCCCCGGGCAGGCGCCAGCCGAGAACACAUUGGUCACUGAUGGUAGCGCCGCAACCACCGAGGGUUUGGCGAAUCCACGCAAACACAGGAAGCACAAAGACAGAGGCGGGCGCCGUGAAGGCCGCAAAGAAGGCAGUGGCAGUGGUGCGAGUGCGAAUAACACAGACUCCUGCACGGAUAAGUUCAGCUACUGCUCGUUGGUGCAACAGGCAAGACUGUGCAAAUACAAGUACUAUAAAAACUCGUGUUGCGCCGCGUGCAGAGGCGCUCGGUAGACCUCCAUUUCAGAAGUUGGCACGUGAGUGACGAGCACCAGCGCCAUCUUUCAGGCGAUUGCUGUGCCAUCUGUGCGCUUACGGAGGAACUCACUCAAGCUAAAUUGACUGACAGCGGUGGUCCAUAUACGAGUGACGUGCUGCGUGUGGGAUGGGGCCGGCGGCCAGUGACGGCCACCAGAGCGCGGCGCGCACUGCUCUAGCUGUGUGAAUAGUGCUGCCUGUCUUCUGAUGAGGACACCUUGCUGUGCCUGCUUCUGCGCUGCCCGUGCGAGGUCGCCCUACCGGCGUCGGGCGCGGGUCCGUGGCUGGCGCUGCUCAGCCCGCAGCCAGGACCACUGUGUAGCUGACUAAUAAACGUCUUCAGACGGCAGUAAUCUCGGGCCGGCGCCGUCCUGUGCUGGCGCGCACCCGGCAAUCUUCUCUGUACAGCUGCACGGACAGCCACUGUCAGACACCGUGUAGAAGGCUGAGCGCCGCAGCUCUUAACAGUGUUUCUAUUACCUUGUUCUUAAUUGAAAUAGGCCGUCAGGUGUAUUUAUGGUAAAGGCUGGCGCACGUGAGUGGCUCGAGGCGGCGUGGUGUUUGAUGAAGAAGUAUGAAUUUGACGAUGUUCCGCGCCGCACAUGGUUCUGUCUAAUGUUUGUUGCUGAGAACACGAAAGAACAUUGAGCAUGA